UCGCUCUCUCCCAUACCCACAAACUCCGCCUCGCUCUCUCCCAUCCCCACCAGCAUGUUACAUCAUCAUUUGUUUCCACACAUUCAAGCUGCUGCAGCCUGAGAGAGAGUCCAGUCCGCUCCACACUGCAAGCAUCCGUUCAGCGCCCUCUGCCUGCACGCGAGCCCGGGGGUAAAUCAGAGGCUGCCAGCACCCCCGCGUCAGUUAUAUGGAAACUGCGUUUAUAUAGCAUCGGCUGCUCAUGAAUGAAGUCAGGCGCCAGGCCACAACACACAGUUGGGAAGAGCCGUGUGUUCUCAGUCAGUGGGUAGAGACUGUCGAGUGUUUCUUGUCAUGACUCGGAUCUCGGAGGACGUAUCUCGUCAUUUGUGGUUAGGAAUAUCAGGGUCACAAAACACCUCGGCACAAUAUAUCGCCCAGAGGACAGCUUUAAUGUGUGACUUUUAAAUUAGUCUCAUCUUCCUCGUCAAUAGAUGUCAGUUUUUAACGACCUACAUCAGCGUUGAUCAUGGGCAUUAAAAACGAAUUCCGUAUUUCCAACUUUGGAUUAAACCACAGUGAAGCGCAAAGAUUUGUCACAUCUCAGUGGGGCCACCCUCGUCUCUACCUGUCAUGGAGGAUAUUCUGGGCUCUGUUUCAUACUUCCUGGCUGGUCAGUAGCAUGGUGUAUGCGACCAAAGUGACGUCAUCACCGCUAGGUGGCGCUGUGUGGUUCAUCUACCUCACCAACUGGACCUACCUCCUGCUGACCACCAGUGCUGUCCUGGACGCAGUCAUCGUGGUGUUCGUCAGGAUCAACAGACAGGACAUUAUAAAGGGUUUCACCUCAUAUCUACCUUGGUACAUGAAGGUGUCUUGGCUCCUCAACAGUGUCGUCACUGAAGGGAGUUUACACAUCAGCGCCAUCUACUGGAUCUUUAUUUUCAAAAAUCAGGACCUUACACUGCUGCGAUUCAUCCUCCACGGUAUGAACUCCAUCUACGUCUUGUCCAACCUCCUCAUCACCGCCAUGCCAGUUCGUGUGUAUCACGUGAUCUACCCAAUUAUCUUUGGCGUCAUCUACACAGUUUUCAGUGUCGUUUAUCACAUACUUGGUGGGACCAAUGAAAAGGGAGAACCGUAUAUCUACAAGAUUCUUGAUUGGUCCAAAUUGAAGCGGACUCUACCUCUUGUGUUUCUGAGUACCUUUGUGGCUCUACCGUGUUUGUACUUGGUUAUUUUCUUCAUUCACAUACUGAGGAUUCAUGUACGUUCAAAAUGUCUGAAACAGAGAGAGGAGAUAAGAAUUCUAGAUUCGUCGACUGAAAGAAGUGACAGCGAAAGUGCACGUGUUUAACAAAGUAUAAUACAACAUUGUACCCAAGACGAUUAUAAAUUUGUUUAUCUCUG